AUGCUCACAGAACUAACGAAACAGGUCCCCUGCCAAUUCUGCGGCGUGCACUUCAACAUCAGCCGCAUCCGGUCGAAAUGGGAGCCGAGGUCAGCGGCAUUCGGCCCUGGUGGUCGCGGCGGAUGGGUCGAGGGACGGGACUUCACAAGGGAUGAAAAAGACGAGGAAGAGCAGGCGCAAGAUAUGUACGAUUACGAUGACUGCUCAUCCGAGAUGGGGUGCUGCAUGGCUCUCCGAGCUCCUGGGUUUUAUAGCCCGAGACCGCUGUUAUAUGAUGAUGAUCCAGCGGGUGGCAUUCAUGUGGAUGACCCUAACUAUGAAUAUCAGAGUGAUUCUGGGGAUGACCCUCUGGAAUAUGAGUCAGGAGCAAGUGAUGGUGAGGAUGAACGUAUGGAGACAGCCGAUGAUGGAUGUACAAGUCAACUAGAGUGGACCUUUAAGGUACAGGGGCCUGAUCACCCGGAAUACGACACCGAGUUCUACCCCCUCUCAACACAAUUAGGCGAGAGUAUUUGGACCAUCAAUGCUGAUGGCUCCAGGACAAUGAACAAGGAGGCCUACGACAAGUCCAGAUGCUAUGAACAUAUUGCUGGGCCAGACUGCCGAAAUAGCCGAGCUUACUUGGGGAGGAAUAUCUCCGCCGAAGAAAUGAGAGGCUGCCAUACCGUUCAGUGCAUCCUUGCGAAAGGACCCGGUUGGAAACCUCGAGUGGACGAUCUCGACUUCGAGCGGAAGAGUCGAUAUCAUCUGACGGGCGUCGCGCAGAUCAUGCCUUCUUCUGGAGAUGGAUUGAUAUUUGCGCCGGUUCGACACGGUGUCAAUAAUAUUCGGGCUGAAAUUGAAUUUAUGUUCGCAACGUCUCAGGAGGAGCUCAACGAGAUCGGGCUACCGUUUCAUCCAGCAUGCUUUGAGUUGUUUAUCCAAGCGAGCAAGCAGUGUUUAGGGGAAGUUGACAUGGAUACGUUGGUCCGGAUUCGUGACAGAGGAUGUAUGACAAGCCAGCCCGUUCCAAUCGAAAACCACGAACAUGUCACAGAAGGACAAGGACAGGUCUGGAACCAUCAGGUCGGCCAUGAGUACCUAGUCGCCAAUCCCAUAUUUGUCCCUGCGCUGAAGCCGAUCAUCAAGUCCGCCAUUUCCACGGACAAAGGGUUCAGCGUACACAACAGCCCCUUUGACGCCAGGAAUCAAACAAAUACCGUAUCAUCCGCCCCGGAUCCUUUCCUAGCAUUCCCUAUUGAAAUCAGUUUGAUCAUCAUUGACUACCUUAGCUCCCAAGACAUUGCCGCUCUUCGACUCGCCUCACGCGCCUUCACACACUUACCGAAUUCGCUAUGGCAUCGGCUGGUCAUUCGGGAAAUGCCGUGGUUGUAUGAAGCGUGGUCAUCGGAUCCGAUGCCAUACUAUUGGGCCACUGUAAUCACCCACGACGUGCACCAGGAAAAGGCAGCUCGAGAAGAGUGGGACCGUGACAUGGAGAAACAAAGACUUGUCAUCGCUGAAGAGAUGCCUGAAGUUCAGGCUGAAUGGCUGCGAAACCAACCACAGUGGGAAUGGCCGGACCACCCGGACAGACUGGAGGUUCUCGGUCUGAGUCCCGUCAAAUUGGAUUAUAAUAGCACGAAUUGGUAUCAGCUCUACCGUGACAUUACUGUCAAUUGGAAACAGCUCAAAGGGCUACAGAACCGUGCUCGGAUUUGGGACGCCAUAAUGCAGAUUGUUGGUGCGAUCAAGGCAGCGCGUGAGGAGUGUUUGGAUGAGAGCAGCAGUGCUGUUAUGGUUCAGUGAUUCUCAAAACAUAUCAAAAUUUUAUAUCUAGUCGGGUACCAUGGGUGGGUCGUGCAUUCUGUCUAGAAGUCCUUCCGAACUAUCCAUUGAGGCUUGACGGAUAUAAUCCAUUUUUAUAUUAAACUACACGCAACAAGCUUUAUUAGUACAUCAACCUUUUCCUUAAAAGUGUUUAAUACGGUAAACCAGAUAGUGG